AUGAUAUUUUUAUUUAAAACAUCAAAUAAAUAUUUUUAUUUAUUAGGAGUGGGUGGAAGUUGUUUCCUUGGUUUUGUAUUUUUAUAUUUUUUAAAAAAGAGUUAUAAUAAUAAAAAUAAUAAAUUUAUUGAAAGUGACAACAAUAAUAAAAAUAAUUUUGAAAAAGAAGAAAAAGAAAUGUCACAACAAUUAAUUGAAAUUAGAAAAAAGAUAAAUGAUUAUAGUAAACUUAAAUAUCCAACAAAACAAGGAAUUUUAUUUAAAAAGAGUAGAUAUUUAAAAGAAUGGAGAAAUCGAUUUUUUGUAAUUGAAGAAGAUAUUUUAUAUUAUUUUGAUAUUGAAAAAGGUAAUAAUAGUAAUAAACCAAUUGGUACACCAUUAGGUAUUUUCAAUUUAUUAAAUUGUUCAUUCACAUUGAUAACCAAUGAAAAACGUUCACCAUUAGUAUUUAAAAUUCAAGAAGAGAAUGGAACCAAUAAAGAUUAUAAAAAUUGUUUAAUUUCAUGUGAAUCAGCAGAGGAGUUUAAUCAAUGGUUUCAAUUAUUACCUCAAAUUAAACAAACUAUGGAUAGAAAGAAAGAUUUAGUUAUAAAGUUACAAGCAUUGAGUAGAAAGAAACUUCAACAAAAGAAAUAUCAACAAUUGAAAGAAUCAGCAUUAACCAUUCAAAGAUUUUAUCAUCUAUAUGAGGGUGAAAGAAAAUUGGCACGUUUUAUUUUCAAUGUUAUUAAAGUUCAAUCGUAUGCACGUUGUUUCAUUGAUAGAAUGAGAUAUAAAAAAAUCAAAGAGGAGAUAAUGGUAAUUCAAAGCCAUUUUCAAGUGAUUAAAGCAAAGAAUAGAUUGGAAAAAGAAUUUAUGAGAAGAAGAAUAGCUCAAGAGUUAUUAUCAACAGAGAAGUCCUAUGUUUAUAAUUUGAAAUUAAUUAUUGAUAUUUUCAUUAGACCCCUAAUUAAUUUCAAUUCAAUUGAACAACGUGUUUUAUCAGUUUCAGAGAUUUCAGGUGUAUUUGGUAAUUGGGAGAGACUUUAUAAGAUUAAUUCAGAUCUAUUGGUAUUGAUUCAAUGUAAAUUGGAUAAUUGGAGUAUCGAUCAAACCAUUGGUGAUCUAUUCAUUGAGAAUACAGAUUCACUAUUUGAGUAUACUCCAUACGUUACAAACUAUGAUCACUCUAGGAAAUUAUUGGCAAAGUUGACCAGUGGUAAUACAAAUUUUAGAAACUUUUUAGAUGCAGCUCAACGUGAUAAACGUUCAAAGUAUUUGGAUAUCUCAAGUUUCUUAAUUCAACCAAUUCAACGUUUACCACGUUAUGAACUUUUACUUAGAGAUCUUUUAAAGUCAACCUCUACUCUACAUAAAGAUCAUAAAUAUCUUUCAAAAGGUAUAGUUAAAAUUAAAGAGAUAACAAUGUAUGUAAAUGAUCAACAAAAGGAGAGAGAAAAUCUAUCACAAGUAAUUCAAAUUCAAAAAGAGUUAAUUAUGGAUAAUAUAAAAUUAUCCUUCUCUUCUGCAACUCGUUUAAUUAGAGAAGGUGAAAUUAAAGUUUCAAAGAAAAAAACUUGGAAUUAUAUGUAUCUUUUCAAUAGUCAAUUGGUUAUCAUUCAAAAGAAAGAUGAUAAAAAAUUAGUUAAAGAAGUAAUUCAAUUGGAACAAUUAGGUAUUAGAGAUGAUAAUAGCAGUAGUAGUAAUACAAUUACAAAUGAUUCUGGUACUGAUCUUUUAAAUAAUUCUUCAAAUAAUUUAUUAUUAUUAUCAUCAACAAUAUCUUCACCUGAUUUAUCAAGUAGUGGUACUAAUGCCAUAAAUACAAGUUCUCAAGCUUUACCAAUUGGUACCAUUGGUAAUAAAUUCAAAUUAAUAAUUUCUUCAAAAACUGAAAUAUCUUUAUAUUUUGAUACUCCUGAAGAAAAAAAUAAUUGGUUUGCUGAUAUUGCUAUCACUCUUAAUCGUUUAGAAACUCAAAAGAAAAAUUUUGAAAAAUCAAUUAAUCUUCAAACAAUUAAUUAG